AUGGUGGCCCGUCUGGCUAGGAGCCAUCCGGCCCGGUCCCGACGAGGCCUCCCCCGGCAGCCGCUCAGCAGUCGCUUGCGAGGACGCGCCAGCCCGUGGGCUCGGGAGGAGGAGAAAGCGAGGUGCGGAAGGCGGCCAUAUCCAGAGGACCCAGCAGUGUAUAAACCACUCUCCCAGGAAGAACUGCAAAGGAUAAAGAACGAGAAAAAACAGAAGCAGAAUGAAAGGAAACAGAAGAUAUCAGAGAAUCGCAAACACUUGGCCAGUGUACGUGUUGUACAAAAGAACCUCGUUUUUGUGGUAGGACUCUCCCAGCGUUUAGCAGACCCAGAGGUUUUAAAACGACCAGAAUAUUUUGGAAAGUUUGGUAAAAUACAUAAAGUUGUCAUCAAUAAUAGCACAUCAUAUGCAGGCUCACAGGGUCCAAGUGCCAGUGCUUACGUCACCUAUAUCCGGUCAGAAGAUGCUCUCAGAGCCAUACAGUGUGUCAACAAUGUAGUAGUAGAUGGCAGAACACUUAAGGCUUCUCUAGGUACAACAAAAUACUGCAGUUACUUCCUAAAGAAUAUGCAGUGUCCAAAACCUGACUGCAUGUAUCUACAUGAAUUGGGGGAUGAAGCAGCUAGCUUCACAAAAGAGGAAAUGCAGGCGGGUAAACACCAAGAGUAUGAACAGAAGCUACUUCAAGAAUUAUAUAAAUUAAACCCCAAUUUUCUUCAGCUAUCUACGGGUUCCGUUGACAAGAAUAAGAACAAAGUGACACCACUGCAGAGCCCCAUUGACAAACCUUCAGAUUCCCUCAGUAUAGGGAAUGGUGACAAUUCCCAACAGAUAUCUAACAGUGAUACACCGUCACCACCUCCUGGUUUAUCAAAACCUAAUCCAGUCAUCCCCAUCAGUUCAUCUAAUCACAGUGCAAGGUCCCCUUUUGAAGGGGCAGUAACAGAGUCACAGUCAUUAUUUUCGGACAACUUCCGGCACCCUAACCCUAUCCCUAGCGGGCUACCCCCUUUCCCCAGCUCCCCACAGACUUCCAAUGACUGGCCAACAGCACCAGAACCACAGAGCCUCUUCACAUCAGAAACAAUCCCAGUGUCAUCCUCUACAGACUGGCAAGCAGCAUUUGGCUUUGGUUCCUCUAAACAGCAAGAGGAUGACUUGGGGUUUGACCCCUUUGACAUCACUCGCAAAGCCUUAGCAGACCUGAUUGAGAAGGAACUGUCAGUCCAAGAUCAACCUUCCCUUUCGCCCACAUCUCUUCAGAACCCUUCCUCACACACUACAACCGCCAAAGGGCCAGGCCCUGGAUUUCUGCAUCCUGCCGCACCCACAAAUGCCAACUCUCUCAGUAGCACCUUUUCAGUCUUGCCACAGAGGUUCCCUCAGUUUCAGCAACACCGGGCGGUUUAUAAUUCAUUCAGUUUUCCAGGCCAGGCAGCCCGCUAUCCUUGGAUGGCCUUUCCACGAAAUAGCAUCAUGCACUUGAACCACACAGCAAACCCCACCUCAAAUAGUAAUUUCUUGGACUUGAAUCUCCCGCCACAACACAGCACAGGUCUGGGAGGGAUCCCUAUAGCAGACAACAACAGUUCUGUAGAGAGUUUAAAUAUGAAGGAAUGGCAGGACGGGCUAAGGGCACUUCUACCCAACAUUAACAUCAACUUUGGUGGACUGCCCAAUACUUCUUCCCCCUCCAACGCCAACCACAGUGCACCAACGUCCAACACUGCCACCACCGACAGCCUGAAUUGGGACAGCCCUGGCAGCUGGAUGGACCCCGCCAUCAUCACAGGUAUCCCAGCAUCAACAGGAAAUAAUUUAGACUCUCUUCAAGAUGACAAUCCUCCACACUGGCUCAAAUCCCUUCAGGCCCUCACAGAGAUGGACGGCCCCAGUGCUGCUCCGUCACAAACCCACCACAGUAGCCCCUUCAGCACACAGACCCCUCUGCACAGAGCCGGCUGGAACCCUUACUCCCCCCCUUCAAAUCCCACCAGCUUCCAUUCCCCACCCCCAGGCUUUCAGACCGCCUUCAGACCACCCAGCAAAACCCCGACAGAUUUACUACAGAGCUCGGCACUGGACCGCCAUUAGGGGAGGAGGAAAAAAACCGUUAGAAAUGCAGGAAUUGCCCCGCCCUGUCUCCUCCCUCUCAACUUACCCACAGUACCCUUCUCAUAACUUUCUUUCUGAAGAAUCCAGUUCCUGAUCAACUCUUUUUUCCUUUCCUCCCACCCCCAGAUGCAAUGCGAUCACAGGGUCAUGACCAUCUUUUUUUAUCAUAAGAGUUUUUGCAGAUCCAGUGUUUCUCCGACACUGUUGAUUAUUUCCUAAAAUGCCUUUUAAGGAGGGGAGAGAGAGAGAGAGAGAGAGAGAGAGAGAGAGAGAUGAGAGAGAGAGAGAGAGAGAGAGAGAUUGAGAUUGAGAUUGAAAGAGAGAGAGAGAGAUUGAUUGAAAGAGAGAGAGGUUGAUUGAGAUUAAAGGGCAGUCCUUGAUAUUUAGAAAUUACUGUUUGUCUUUUGCACAUAAUAAUGACAUUUUCUGCAUAGCAGAAAAUGACGAUUACUCUAUAGGAAGGUCAUGUAAAUGAGUAAAUGCAGAAUCAACUGCAGUUUCAAAACCAAAUUAAUUUAAAUGAGCUUGCUGAAUAUAUGGGGGGAACAGUGGUCUAGUCAUCCAUCUUAUAUUCAGCAUAUCACUAUGCAGGGAAAUGCUUCUUUUAUUUUAUUUUAAAUUUUUUGGGGGGUAAGUUGUCAGGGGGGAACUUGAUUGUGUCUUUAAGCAAGAGAGUUGACAUGGAAGUUGAUGGAAAGACAAAUUGAUCUGUAGCAGUAACUGGCCUGUUGCUCAAGAGUUCAUAAAGAAGGGGGAAAUGAGAUUUAAAACAA